AUGGAUUUAACUGUGAACAAAUGUGUGGUAACUGUAAAACUGGGACUAUCUGUAACAACGUCACAGGAGUCUGUUCUGAGGGGUGUCUACAUGGCUGGGGAGGAUUACAUUGUGACGGUAAGAACUGUGUGUGAAAAAGGAUUCUAUUGUGGCAACUGUACGGAGACUUGUGGUAGUUGUAAACCGGGGACAUAUUGUCAUAAUGUAACAGGAAUUUGUCCGGAAGGAUGUGAUGAUCAUUGGAAUGGUUCUUUUUGUAAUGAUUGUAAGGAUGGGUAUUACGGACAUAAUUGUACACAUGUCUGUGGCAAGUGUUCCCUUGUAACCUCAUGCAACCACGUAACGGGUAUUUGUCCGAACGGAUGUCAAAACCACUGGAAUGGAUCAAAAUGUAACAUUUGUGCUGAUGGUUUUUAUGGGGUUAACUGCGAGAGUAACUGUGGAGAAUGUCUAAUAGGGACAAUCUGUGAUCGGUCAACGGGAGUUUGUCCUAAUGGUUGUAGAGGGAAUUGGACAGGUCCUAAAUGUAAUGGAAUUAUUGUUGAACGAGAAUCGACGAAUAUAUGCCCAG